CGUUCGUUCCGAUCGCAUGGUGAGGCUGUGACGUACUAGCACUGUGGAUCUUUCAACUUCACAGCCCACUGGACGGCCCGCCGUGCCAGCCUAACAGCACAACGUCGCUCUAUUCCUGUUCCUACGCAAUGAGCCCGUGAAAAAUAGCGCAGCAGCACCUUUUGGAGUCGCUCAUGGGGGAGUAGCACAGCCAGGGGAACCAGCAGCAAGCACCACGACACUCGCUUUAUACCUCACCCUCCGCCGACAUGCCGAUUGCCGUCGCCUCAGCCCUGCGCGGGCAAGAUGUCUUCUCCAGCAAGUCGAGGGGCCGGAGCAGAGCCGCCUCGGAAGUUGGACCACUGCCCCCAACUGACGGCGAGAAGAAGCCCGAGAGGGCGCAGUUGCCCAAGGCGGCAUCAUACACCUACUUUCCGCGCGUGAAGAGCCUGGACGGAGAUGCGCCGGCGCACGACUCUGAGGAAGACCUGAAGAAGGGCAAAGACGUCGAGGUCACGUCUGACAGCUCGUCAGGUGGAUCGAGCCCGUCUUCAGAGGAAGCCCCACAGGCCCUAGAGAUGCCCCAAUUGAGGCCUGCUGCCACCACACGCCGGUCGUCGAGAUUCCUUCCCUUCUCCAGCAAAAGCAGAGAACCCUCAAUCGAGCCCAAACCUGAGCGCCAUCGCAAAGCAGCCGUCAAGGAGACAGAGUCGCCGGGCGGCUCCCCAUCGAGAUCCCUGACAAAGCUGAGGAGGAAGUCGUGGGUCGUCUCGCAGCAGCAGCAGCAGCAGCAGCAGCCUACAACAGCCUCGCCCACAAAAGAGAGCAAAAAAGAAAAGAAAGCAGCGCAGAAGGAGGAAAGCGCUAAGAAGAAGGCAACGAAUACAGAAGCACCGAAACGAAAGACACCAGCAAGCACAGACAGCAUUCCUGAGGAGGCUGAAGCCAAGAACGAAGCAAGGGACGAGGCAGAAGACACUGUAGACCACCGACCGGCACCUAUACCCCUCAGCAAGAAGAACAAGCGUCUCAGCGCCCUCCUGACAGCCAACGGGCCUGCUGUUCCCUCCGUACCGAAGUCAUUCUCUACCGAGCAGCUUCCCCUGUACCCGCACUCAGAUAGCCCUCUCAGCCCCACCAACGUUGUCCCUCCACUACCGCGCAAUAUAUCGACAGACAAGCUAGGCAACAAAGUCAAGACGGAACCGCGCAAGAAAGAUGAGCUCUGGACCGUAUUUAGAACCCUAGAGGGCGAGCUGCGCAAGUUCCAGCACAAGUCCAGCUCUUUGAAAGCUAACAUCGUCCGUACGAGCCUCCUUCAAGACUUCAUCUACAAGUACGCCAAUCACCCUUCGAACCAGAAGCUCCGACCGGAAGACCUCGAUCGAAGAACAAACAUUCUUAAUGGAUGGUGGACUGGCCUUUUGGAGCUUGUGGCAGGACGCAACAACCAGUCGAUAUCUGGAACAGAUCGCCCAGUAAUCCUGGAGGGUCUUGCUGGGAUCAUGGAGAGGCCUGAAUGGAGACUUGCGCCAUCCCCGUUCUGCGCGCUUGCCGACCGCGAAGAGCCCGGUUCGGCUCUGACAGCUACUUCGGCCACUUCCAGUUCUUCCGAUUUCCUCGCAGAGUCCGUCUAUCACAACGUCAAGAACACGUUCCAGCAGAACUUGAUGUCUCAGAUGGCAUUUGUGGUGGACAAAAUGACCCCGCGAAACGCAGCAGCAAGUCUAGUAACAUUUUGUGGAAAGACUUGUGCGUACGCCUUCUGCUUCUGUCCUGGAGUAGCUGAUAUCCUGGUCCGAUUGUGGAGUCCAUCUUUGGAGAUGAUGAAGCGUGUCCUGGAAGAAGCAGGCGUCUCGAGGCUGGACAAAAUGGACGCUAUCUCCGACCGUAUCUCAGCUGCUUUCCCGCCGAAUCUCUACCCACUCAAGUUCCAGUCUUUGGCCAAGAUGGUUCGUGUACUACGCAAUCCUCCAGCCGCGACACCACCACUGCAAAUCGCCAACCUCGACUGGUACGGGCUAUGGAUGAAGCGUUGGUCAGGCGCCGAAAGCGAUCUCUUCUACGUUUUCGUGAAGCACUACCAUAUCCUCGUUACUGGUUUCCUACCCAGUGCGCCAACUGCGCAGGAGCGUGUUUGUGCACCAGGCUUGCUCAUGGUGCACGCACAAAUUCUCGUCAACAUGGAUGCCACGAUCAACAGACAUGCUCUGCUGCAGCAACCGGAGGACAACGGAGCUCAGUCCAUCACGUUCGACGAUGUUCUGAGCGACCCUGAUGCUUCGGCUUCCACCAUGGCUAUUCCGCCUGCAAACGCCACGCGACAGAUGCAAGAGAACCGACUAAUCAUGCUCAUACGCGACUUCCUUUCUGAGGGCAACUCGCACAUUCACAUUGCUCGACACAUGUUUGCAGACAGCUUUGCGAGCUUGCUACAGGCCCAAGCACGAAAGAUCUCUGUUUACGACAGCAAUGCCUGUUACACGUUGUGCGACUUCCUGGAAGAGGCAUUUGCAAUCUUGGUCAGAUAUGAGCAGCACAACAGCGAGCACCAUGUGGUCUUGAAUUGGUCAUUCUGGUUGACGGUCUGCAGAGAGAUGACAGUAAGCGAGAAUACAGCUACAGAGAUCAAGCUGUAUUCAUUUCUCUACAGUAUCUGGUCUACCUUGGUGUUAGAUGAGCAACGCAAGAGGAGCCUAUGCCUCGAGUUUCUGUUGGAGCCUGCGUUCUUUGAGAGCAGGUUCAACCAUUGGUGCCCAAUGGUACGCUCGUACUACAUGCGUUUGAUUUGUUGGCGGGUUGCACGGUUCGAUGGCGAGCCUUCGGAGGUAGAAGUAGAAGUCAAGACAGCGCUGAGUGAGCGACUUCGCUCCGUAUGGUCUCACUACCUCUGGCUCGCUGAAGACGCCGAACGACUGCAACUCGCAUUUCCCUCGACACAGGCUUGCAACCCAGCGCCUGGUCGACGUUUCCUUAUUAUACGUAAUGAUAAUCCUAUCGCCGCCAGCAAUGGCCCUUUCCUUACAUUCGACGGCGUUGUACAGAACCCUCACCAGCGGAAACCAUCCGCUUCCACACCUGUCCCGGAACCUAUGGUACAGAAGGUCGCAGCACUGACAACGGACUCUAUGGACUUUCCGGAUGAAGAGCCUACCAAGGGCAAAUGGGGCAUGCUCAAGAGCCUUAUGGGUGGCUCGUCGAAACCGUCCAAAUCGAAAACGUCCGCUAAAGACAAAGAGAAUGCGAAGACAGCAACCCCUCCCAACGCCUCUCUCGAAAAAGCGCCCGCAGAGAAACCAGCCCCUACACCAACACCGUCUCCUCCUCCUCCUGCCCAUCGUUCCUACAGCUUCCGCUUUUCUCUCGAAUGGGUUGACAAACGUUUUGGCACCUAUCAGAACAUGCGACUUCAACCACCACGACUACCGCUGCCAGCGCAGGUCCUACUUCAGCAAAAGGGCAUACACAUCGACGCAGUCAGUAGCAUCCAGCCCACAGGCAAAGCUGCGACAUCAAGUCGCUACGCCGGCCGCGCACUCGCAGAGUGGACCUUCGUCUCGCAUGAGUGUCAAAACUUCUUCGACCGACGAAAGAAUGAGGGUGUACCGACAAACAAGCAGGUCGAGACACCAUCGCUAUGCGUCGAGGCCUUCAGGCGACCUGGCUAGCCUUACUUGCGAAACUCUUUUGUCAGCAUCAUCAUCGGCAGGAACGAUCUCAUCUCAUCUUUCGCGCAGCAUUGGUUCUACUUAACGGCCCACUUGCAUCUGGAUACUCACUCGGCACCUUGAGGUCCUACGGCGU